ACAUCAUCACUCUCACUGUCCUGUCAUCGUAAACCUCACAACAUCUCAGAUGGAAGCCUUACCUUUCUUCUUCACCCUAGCAGCUGCUACAUCUGCUUAUCUCUUUUGGUUCUAUCUCCUUGCUCGUAAACUUUCUGGUCCUAAGCUAUGGCCUAUAGUGGGAAGCCUCCCGGUUCUGUUCAAGAACAGGAGACAAAUCCAUGAUUGGAUCGCCAGUAAUCUCAGAGCAACUGGUGGUGCAUCAACUUACCAAACGUGUACUAUAGCUCUUCCUUUCCUGGCUCGCAGGCAAGGUUUCUAUACUGUCACCUGCCAUCCCAAGAACAUGGAACAUAUACUUCGAACCCGGUUUGAUAAUUAUCCCAAGGGUCCUCACUGGCAAACUGCGUUCCAUGAUCUAUUGGGUCAAGGGAUCUUUAAUAGUGAUGGAGAUACAUGGCUAAUACAGCGUAAAACUGCGGCUUUAGAGUUCACUACCAGGACUUUGAGGCAAGCCAUGGCUCGGUGGGUGAACCGGACGAUCAAGAAUCGCCUGUGGAGCAUUUUAGAUAAAGCAGCCAGUGAGAAGCUCGCAGUGGACUUGCAAGACUUGCUGCUUCGGUUGACAUUCGACAACAUUUGUGGACUCACCUUUGGGAAAGAUCCUCAAACCCUCUCUCCAGAAAUGCCUGAAAACCCUUUCGCCAUUGCAUUCGAUACAGCUACUGAAGCUACCCUUCAACGGCUUCUUUAUCCUGGUUUGUUAUGGAGAAUUGAGAAGAUGUUAGGAAUUGGGUCAGAGAAGAGACUAAAGAAGAGCCUCAAAGUUGUCGAAAAUUACAUGGACGACGCCGUAGCAGCACGCAAAGAAAAUCCGUCGGAUGACUUAUUAUCGCGAUUCAUGAAAAAAAGAGACGUCGAUGGUAAUCCCUUUCCAAUCUCCGUUCUCCAACGAAUCGCUCUAAACUUCGUCCUCGCCGGCCGCGACACUUCAUCGGUUGCUCUUAGCUGGUUCUUCUGGCUAGUUAUGAACCACCCAGAAGUUGAAGCAAAGAUUGUCAAGGAAAUAUCAACUGUGCUACGAGAAACGCGAGGCAAUGAUCACCAAAAAUGGCUUGAGGAGCCUCUAGACUUUGAUGAAGCCGAUAAAUUGGUCUACGUGAAAGCAGCAUUAGCCGAAACACUUCGUUUAUAUCCUUCAGUGCCUCAGGAUUUCAAAUAUGUAGUAGCAGAUGAUGUUUUACCGGACGGCACAUUUGUACCGGCAGGUUCAACCGUUACAUAUUCUAUAUAUUCUGUAGGGAGAAUGAAGAGCAUAUGGGGUGAGGAUUGCAUGGAGUUCAAGCCGGAGCGAUGGCUGUCACCGGAAGGAAACCGAUUUGAACCUCCUAAAGAUGGCUACAAGUUUGUGGCCUUUAAUGCUGGACCAAGGACUUGUUUGGGGAAAGACUUAGCCUACCUGCAAAUGAAGUCUGUGGCUUCAGCUGUGCUAUUGCGUUACCGAUUAUCUGUGGUCCCCGGCCACCGUGUCCAGCAGAAGAUGUCUCUUACGUUGUUCAUGAAGAAUGGGCUUCGUGUAUUCUUGCAACCUCGUACGCUGGCAUAGAAAGGGGUGCAUGCAUGCAUGCAUGCAUUGGUGUAUUCCCAGAAGACAUAAUUCUUACCCUUUCGGAUGUUUUUUUGGUUUUUCAUAUGUUUACGUAUAUAAUUAAAUUUGUGGUUUGGAUUGGUGGGUCGGGUUGAAUUUGAGUAGAGUUCAUCGUCUAUAAUGAUUGGUGGUAUACAAAUGGAACGGUGAUUGUCUUGUAUUAAUGUUGUAUAUUCCAUGUCAACUGAUAUGGGUUUUCGUAUAAUUACAUCAAUAAUAAAUACUACAAACAAAUUAUUAUCA